AUGGAGGACGGAAAUUGACAGGGUUACCAUGCAAUUUCGAAAUCGGCAAAGUUGCAUGUUUUAUUAUCGCAGCCGGACGCUACUACUUAUCGAUAGCCAAUACAAAGGCGCAACUCGUAAGGCCUGCUUGGCGUGUUUUUUGUUGUUUCACCAAGUAAUGUAACAAACGUUUCAUUCGACAUCUGUAAGUUUGAUUCUCAAACAUAAUUGUUUGGUACUCAGAUUAAAUAUAAAUAAAACCUGACUUACGUAUAUAGUAUAUACAGAAGGACAAAACAAUGGAACAUCGUUACAGUAUAAGCAAUUCCCCGCGUUUAUCAAGACCCAUGGCUGAUUCCACAUGGAUAGGUGGCAUGUUCGCGAGACAGCGGUCAAUAACACAGCAAAUGCAAAGGAGUUGUAUAUCGAGGGGGCACAGCAACUCGAGCAUUUGUCUAAGCAAUAGCUUUACAAAUGAUUCACCGCAAAACAGGAGUCUGCAUACAACCUCGAGAACGUCGUCGAGUGUAUCUAAAUCGGCACGACAACGGCUAAAUCUUAGUCAUAUGGAUCCCAAAACCUUUGCGGACGUGAACAGCAGCGGAUUAGCGUCGCGCAUUGUGGAAUACCAGCGGGAUCGAAACACUGGCGGCCGUGGUCUGCAACGCAGCAUCUCCUAUAAUAAUGUUUAUAAUCCACUUACGCAGCCACGCCGUUGUAACAUAGCUUCAUCGCCUCUCUCCCAUAAGCCUAACCUGCCAUCAGUGUCCAUAACACGUAUGGCGCCACCUGAGCGAAGCUUCUACUGUGGCAACACCUUGCCCAGCUUGCUGCGCUCGAAUUCGCUGGUUGGCGUGGAGAAAAAAAGCGACCAGCAGUUGUCGAGAGAGAAUCGCCCUAUUAUGCAUCCACCUCCGCUGCAACACGAAAGCGAACCCACGCGCAGCGUCCUUGAGGAGCUCAAGGAGAUAUCACGCAAGCGCAUCAAUAGCGGCGAAAUACAACCCAACGAUUUCACCAGCAAAAAGAGCUGCAAUCGCGUAAAUGAUUAUGUGGAUCAUCAUAUACACCAGCAGCACCAACAGUUAUCCAUGCUGCAACCUCAGUCGAGUUUCAAGCGACAGCGUGAAUUGACUGUUACAGUACCACGGCGUUUGCAUCAUCCGCCCAUAGCGCUGCCACACCAGCAUCAACAUCACACUUUACAUAUGUCUGCACAUCAUUUUCCUGAGAGAAUUUCCCCACAGCAAUCACCGGAGCAGCAGGCCAAGCGCCGCAAUUGCAGCUACAGCAAUGACAUCGCAAGCUCAUUGAGCUCCAGUCAGCUGCAUAGCAAUAAACGGAAGCUAUAUGACAUGCGUACAAUGAGCAAUACGUCCGCACUCAACGACAAUGCCAGCAGCGGCAGCAACAAUAGUAGCUCACCCGAGACUUCGCCGCGUCCACAGGUGGCAAAGAUACAGCGAAGUCAGACGGGUACAACGGAUCUACAUUUAGAGAAUUUGACUAGGACGCAGAGCACGCCGAUCACUCCACUGCCAGCUACUCCAGCCCAGCGUGCGGCGUCGGCUCCCUUAGUAGAGGCCAACUACGACCAGAAACCCAAAUUGACAUUGUUCAAUGCACAACAACGACAACUGGAACAGAAGCAGCAGCAGCAAGAACUACCAGAACCCCAACAACAACAAUACACGCAACAGCAGGCUGACUUGGAUAGUCCCGAUGUGGAUGCCAACGAAUAUGCAGGCAUACAGUUUGUGAGGCCCAAACAGGAGCAAUCACUUGUCACCAGCAAAAACUCCCAUUUGGAGCGUACACAGAAAACGAAAUUGGCUUUGAUGUUGAGUAGUCUGCGAGGUGAAAUCUUUCAAGAUGAAACGUCAGCUGAUGAAGCAGAUACUUCCACAACUAAAGCAUCUGUCGCACCGACAACAAUAAAUACAAAUUCAGCAACAAAUACAAAUGUAACAACGAAUACAGCAUCCACGAAAUCGACUAUAUUGGCGACUGCUACCGUACCAACCGACCCCGCUCAACGCGUAUCUACAACAACAACUGAAGCAACUGAAGAAGCACGGACGACUACAACAUCAGCAACAACAAUGUCUGCAUUAACACCGGCGCCAACUACCACCAGCAUUACCAUAUCUUCUGUGCUACCAGUGAAUAAUGCAACGGGAAAAUCGAGCGAAAAUACAACUGGAACAGGAGCUGUGCUAGGACUUACAUUGCCGACAGCAACAGAGAAGCCAGCAACAAAUGCAAAUGGAAUUGCACCAGCAGAAUCUACACCUAUGUUAACGUUUAUGAAUUCGAAGCCGACAGCUACAACCACAGCCGGAUCGACUGGCUCGCCUAUAUUUCCCUUUGGCAAGCCAGCAGCGGCGGCAGCAGAUGCAAAACAGACUCCAGCACCAACAGAAACACUAGCAACAUCAACAACAACGGAUCAAGCGAAAACACCAUUUACAUUUGGCACUGGCACAAAUAAUGCACAAGCAGCAGGAGCAGGAUUAGGCGCACAAGCAGCAGCAGCGCCAUCAACACCCCUUUCGUUUAACUUUGGAAAGCCUGCAUCAGAUGCGGCAACAAGUAAGGCGUCAACAUCAGCAACUGCGCCAACAACAACAGCAAGUGCUCCAGUAUUCAGCUUUGGCACAGCUCCAGCUAUAACUACAGCAGCAACCAGCAACAAUUCUCUCAUAUUUGGCAGCAGCAAGAGUAACAGUGAAGCAGGAGCAACAGCUGCGCCAGUAUUAACGUUGGAGAACAGUUCAUCCCAGCCCAAGGAACCGACGCCUUUUGGCAGCAGCAGCAGCAAUAGCAACAGCUUUAGCAUCGGCUUUAAAUCUCCUGCAACACCCGCAGCUGCAACAACAGCCGCACCAGCUACGUCACCAAUAUUUAGUUUCGGCAAAACUCCAGCCGCUUCUGCAGCUCCUGUCGUAUUCGGUAGUGCAUCAGCAACAACAGCAGCAGCAACAGCACAGCCAACAUUCAAUUUUGGGGGCACAGCUACGGCUGCGACGUCUGCUUCUGCUGCUAGUGCUACUACUUCAACUACCAAUACAGCUUCAACAACAGCAGCAAACAAUUCGAAUAUAUUUGCAUUUGGCGGUGACAGCAAGCCCACAGCUAAAACCACGCCUUUUACGCUGCACAAUAAAGGCGACAGCAACAAUAUGUUUAGCUUUGGCGCUGGUGGCGAUGGACCAAAAAUGGCAGCAACACCAGCAACUGGAGCACCAGCUGCGGUGCCCAGCGCCUUUAGUUUUGGUGGAUCAGCUACCGCUGCACCAGUGGGCGGUGCACCAGCUACAAAUGCUUUCAGUUUCAGUGCGCCGACCAAGUCGACGUCCUUAUUCGGAGGAAGCAAUUCAACGGAAAGCAAAGCAUUUACCUUUGGUGCCACGGAGACCACGCAACAGCAACAACAGCAACAACAGCAACAACAGCAGACGACACCAGCAGUGGGCGGCUUUUCAUUUUCAGCUGUGACUCCAAAAAACGAGUCUACAAAUUUGUUUAAAUCGCCAUUAGCCGUCGGAGCCGGUGGAGUGAAACCAAGUUUUAAUUUUGGGGGCAACACAACAUUAGGAACAGCAGCAGCAACUCCGGCGGGCCAAGCCGCGCCAGGCAACGGUUUUGGUAGCUUUGCGGCAUCGGCAACUCCCUCAGCAACGGCGUCUUCUGCUGGCAACAAUCAGAAACUCUUUACGUUUGGAAGCAGUGCCACGCCCACCAAUGCAACAAAUCAAAGCGAAAAUAUUUUCGCCAGCGCAGUGUCCGCUGCACAGAACCAGCAGCAGACUAAACCUGGCGGCUUCUCCUUCGGCGCUAGCAACGCGGCUAACAGCAACAACGCAUCAAAUGGCACUGCCAAUGCGCCGUUUGCUUUUGGUGGCAUCAAAUCGCCGCAGAGCACCGGUAUCAAUGCGGCCAAUAAACCGUUUACAUUUGGCAGCAGCGCCGGAAAUCCAACCCCAUCGAUAAGCUUUGGCAGCCCGGCGCCCUCGAUGAAUGGCUCAGCGCCAUUUAGCUUUUGUGGCGGCGCUAAUGCUCCUGCCACGCCGACGUCAGCUCCGGGCAUGCCUGGCCAGCAGAUGAAUCGGUUUGCACCGCCCACUACACCGGAAAACCGACCCAUAAGACGCGCCACGCGUCGGCUGCAAAAGUAGAACUCAACUCGAUCGUUAAGAUAUAUUCCGAUUAAAUUUAGGCCUUCAGUAAUGCAAUUGAUCCCUGCAUGAAUAAAAGUUAUAAUCUGCAACGAUAGUUAGUCUUUAUUAAGUUAUUUGGCAACUGAGAAAGUAAAAUAAAAAU